ACUUAUGUACCACCAGAGGGCGCACGAGUCCCACCGGUGGGACAUGUACCAUAGUUUGAGAACCAUUAGCAUCCGGUCAAUGCAAGUUUUUCAUGUUUUGCAACCGAUACGCGCACAGUUUCCGUUUUAGAGCGGAAAUGGCGUUCCUGUGCCCGCCCCCUUUGUCACCAACCAAGCAGAUGGAACAGGGCAAAACGGCUCCUUUAAGAAAGCGGAACUGAGCCUUUAGCCUCUGACGCAGCUGAGGAUGUGGGCAGGAAACGCGGUGCUGGAGGAGCGAAGCGAUCACGCUUCUCUGCACAUUUGCACAAUACAGUGCGAUGAAAAUGAGCUUUAAUCCACCACGCUAAUGUCCAGGAGCGGCCACUCUCCUCGGAUCCGUGCUCCUCCGCCCUUACCGGAUCUGCCAGCCUGGAUUUUGACUCCUAACCGAGCGAGAGCGCAGCCUUCCCAGCCUGCUUGGGUUGCAAACAUCGGGGCUGGUCAGCGGGUGGGAGAGAGGAGCCUUCGUCGCUGAAAAAGGCGUCUGCCUUUUCCUGCUCCCCCUCCUCUCCUCUUCUGUCCUCUCCUCUCCUCCUUGGCCAUGAGGGAGUACAAAGUGGUUGUUUUGGGCUCGGGUGGAGUCGGUAAAUCCGCGCUAACCGUCCAGUUCGUGACGGGCUCCUUCAUCGAGAAGUACGACCCAACCAUCGAGGAUUUUUACAGGAAGGAGAUCGAGGUGGACUCGUCCCCGUCUGUGCUGGAGAUCCUGGACACGGCGGGCACCGAGCAGUUCGCCUCCAUGAGAGACCUGUACAUUAAGAACGGACAGGGCUUUAUUUUGGUUUACAGCCUGGUCAACCAGCAGAGCUUCCAGGACAUCAAGCCCAUGAGAGACCAGAUCAUCCGGGUGAAGAGGUACGAGAGGGUGCCCAUGAUCCUGGUGGGCAACAAGGUGGACCUGGAGGGUGAGAGAGAGGUGUCCUCAGGAGAAGGCAAAGCCCUGGCCCAGGACUGGAGCUGCCCCUUCAUGGAGACUUCAGCCAAGAAUAAAGGAUCAGUGGACGAACUGUUUGCAGAGAUAGUCAGACAGAUGAACUACACCACUGCGCCCACUGGGGGCGACAAGUGCUGCUCAUGUGUCCUGCUCUAAAAGUCCACACCAACAACAGUACUAGUGCCACCCCGGGUCACACUGAGCCUGGACCCCGUCCUGCAGUCUUAUGGCCAAAAUGUAUUUCUUUCCUCACACUGCUGUCUUAUUGUUGCACACAAACAAAGAAAAACAUCAACGAUGACAACAAUCGAUUAUGUAUAAUAGUCUGGAAAAGUGUUUACAUGACAAAGUACUUGAAUGUUUUUUGUAUUUUUUAAUAUAGCUUUGUAUAUGACCCGUCUCUGGUAAUGUGCCUCUAUAGGAAUGUCUAAAUGUGAAACCUAAGAGACACAGGCUUUUAAUUUUGACUUUUCAUUUUUGUGUGGUUGUUAUUUGUUCUAUGUACUGCUACACUCUGUCAGUCUUGCUGGUGACGGUAUGGGUUGAACCCUGUUAUUUGGUCUGGUGGGUGAAGGAGGCCUGGACUUGUGUAAAAUACUUUGCCAAUCUUAUACUUUAGUACAAUGUGAGGGUGUGUUCACACUUGUUAUGGCACAAUUUGAUUUUGUCAUGCAAAAAGUACAAACAAAAUUGUAUGUUGGCACAUUCAAAGUGAUCUAAUGAAUCAAGUUGUUGUUGAUUGGUCGGUGCAGUUUACCGAAACCUUCAGAUGUCUUGGUCAUGGCCGUACAGGUUCUGCUCUGUAGAUAGUAUUGUUUGGAAAUCUCCUUAUUAUUUGUUGAAUCCAUCCAGUCAGAGGAAGAUACUGACUGUUUGUGUUUUGUUUUUUUCCGCUUUGGUCCAAAGAAAGCAAUGUACAAGUGUGAACAGACCCUGAGUUUCGAUCCAAAUGGAGAGGUGGUGCGAAGCCUCCCACAGAGGCUACAUCCACACUUCACACCGUCCAUUAUUUUUGGUUUUCAUUGAUUGAUUUUCUGCCCAAAUUAUGUGUGCUAUUUACACACUGAAAACCCUCGAAGACAUAUAUUUGAAAUCACUCUUGGUCUGAUCUGAUUCUACUACAGUUUCAUGUGAAUGCACCAUUUCACAGUGACGGUGUGUUUGCGUGGACGUAGCCUAAGAUUCUGUGUUUGCAGUUGUGUGUUGUUCGCCAAUAUUUUGGUCCCUCCCUGGUCUGGUGUGAGUGGGUUCAUCGAUAAACUUGCACUUAACUGAUGGUGCCCCCCCAACCCCACCCCCCGGUCCCGCUCAGUGUGCACAAUCCAGGACUAUAUUGCAUUGCCGUCGCUUAACCCCCUGUCAAGUGCCUUCCAACAAAUAUUCCUGACUGUGCCAACAGUUGAGGCCUAAUCUCCUCCGCAGUGCGUCUUGAUGGCAAUCAGAACAUUUUUCUAUCAUCAGUCUGCAGUAAACCGGCAGGAAGCCAAGCCUGUCACCGAUCCACUGCUUUAGGGUCACGUUCAGGCUCCUUCUCAAGGUACUCGCCCAACAAGAACAGUCCUAGUUCAGUGAAUGGAAAGCCAUGUCUUUGUGUUUUAUCUAGAUUUUGUUUCUUUUCUAAGAAUGUGACGUUUAUGACCUAACAAAAUUGUAAAUGUACCUUUGGACGAAUCUGCCAUCCACCUGUCGAUUUGAAAGACUUGGAAUACAAAAAGCAUUUCAUGUAACAACACUGCGUGCUGUGAUUGACUCCACUGGUUUUACCGAUUUUAAUUUGAUCUUUGUGAACAGUUUUGGUGCUGAUACUGGUUAAUUCAUAGGAAAUUAAUAAGAAAUAAUGUGUUCUAACCUAAAA